AUGCGGCAACUGUUGUUAUCCUCAGCACUCUGGGUUACGAGCUUAUCGGUACAAAAACCCGAUAUCUACAUGUGGCUUGAACAAAAUAGUUAUAUCUGCGACUUGUCCACCAACAGAGAAGGCCCACACUUCCUGUUCGCGGAUGAGUCCAAGGAGUACAAGUGCGACUGCGGCGAUCCGCUCAUCAGUCAAUCGGCCUGUGCUCGGCGUGGCACAGAAUCUCCAAGUUGUCAUGAAAUUCCCGAUCUCUGCAUGAGAGAAUACGUGAUUUUGUUCGCAGAGACUGAAAAUCGACUUACUCAGCCGUUGAGCACUGGAGUUACGGUCAACACCAUCGCACCACCAGUGUUCACUACACUCGCUGAGAUAAUUCCUGUCCUUCCUAAACGGACGUUAUCAUCAUUACCGGCAAUCCGAAUGUUGAGCAAAAACAACACCUUCACUUUCCAGAGCCGCUUUCCAUUUACUCGCCGAUCAAGUCAAUCACGAGGGCUCGCUCGCGCGAUCUCCCGUUCCCAGUUGUCGUCGCGCUUUCGACUGCCUUCAAGAGCUGAAAUUCAUCCUCCCAAAAGACGUGCUUCUUCUAUUACCAAUAACAACUCGAAAUUCAAUUCAGGAGCAGGAAACUCUCGCAGAAAUGCAGCGGAUUUCUCGACAACAGCUGGGGACACCGUUAUUAGUGUUAAGAUUGAACCGACAAUUGGAAGGGCUGAAGCAAUGACCAUGGUGUCCUCAAUGACGACGACAGUUGCUCUUCCCCUAAAUUCGUCGACCUUCAUUGUGGAAGAAACUGCAACAGAAGCGCCUACAGCGACAGCACUGCCAAUGUCAACAAUCAGAGAGACAACUACUAUCACGACAAAGCCGACGGCCACAAUACCAAUUGCUACAAGCGCUAUAGUAGAGUCCAUCACCGUGACUGCUACACCAAAUCUGGGAACUAUUGUGUGGCAAACUGUCAUGGCAAAAAAGCUAGAACAGCCAGAGAGAGCAGUUAUGAAAGCGGUUCGAAUUCAACCGAGCGUUAGGCUGGAACCCAAGAAUAACACCUUGAAUGGAAUUAAGAUGCCUAAAACUAAUCUCAAACUUCCUACAUUAACCAGCCGGAUAAAAGCACUAAGAGAUAAAGAACCUGAGCAUCCUUUGAUAGACUUGCAAGAAUUUCUUUCGGUUGGCAAAAAAGAUGAAGGACAAUUGAAAGAUAGAAAUUCUUCAACGGCAAGGUCUUCCACUGUUAAGACAAAUGGAAUGCCAGAAAUAAUGGAAAAAGGAGUGAAUCGAGAAUCGAAGACCACGUUGGCUGAUAAAAUCUCAAGGCAGCAAUCCGAGCAGACAUUAACGGGUGAGCGAACAAGUAGCCAUGUAGAGAAUGAUCCACUCAUUAUUCAAACCAAUAGUGCUGGCUUGUUGAUAAAAAUCUCAGAAAUGGGGAAAAGAGAGGCAGUCACGAUGACGGUGAAGAGGGAAAAUGAUGAAGAGAAAGAUGAGGGCACUAUGGAAGAGCCAGUCAUUCAGUUUAAUUCAACCUCAACUAAGAAGGUGCUUCCCAAACAGAAUUCAAUACUACAUAAAGUAGAUGGAAAUACUAGCAUAUGGGAGUUCACGAGGGGCGAGGAGAGAGCGGAAUUGCUAUUACAAAAGAAAGCUAUCGACUAUCUGAGAGCAAAAAUCGAAUCGCUUGAGAAGCAACUCACGGAACGGUUCCAAAGAAACACAUUAGCUAAUAGUAAGGAUACUGAAGAUUCAUCAAAUCUCUUGAGCAGCCACGACGAAACCAUGGACGAUCGACUAAAAUACCCAUUGGACUCUCAUCAAUGGGAUGCCCUCCACCGAGGAGACAAUGAGGACAGCUUGCUAAAAAAUGUAACCAACUUUGUUCUCUAUGACGGAUCUGGUCUAGCAUCAUCAGAGGACUAUUUUGCUCAUCAUGACGGAUCUGGAUUCGCCCUAUCAGAAUCUGAUGAUGAUGAAUACGGCGAUGGAGGGCGAUGGAAAAAAGUUACUGCAAGCGAAAGCUCGCUCCUCACCGCAAAUGAGGUUCAGAAGAGGAAUUCUUUCACGGAUGAAGCAAAAGCCCCGGCAACAAAGCCGACAUCACUUUUUGACGUCACAAAGGAUGAGGGCGAAGUUGAUCACACAAGAGCGCUGCCACUGUACUAUGUUUGUGCUGUUAUAACAUUACCACCGCCACUGUUGUUGUUACCUGUUGACGACGCCGAGUGUCUUGAUCCUGUAUCGUGUGCGUCAUUUCCGGAACAACUACAGCACGACCGCCCUCGCUUCACCCACCCUCACAUCGGGAUCGGGUCCUGA